AUGACAUUUUUUAAUACUGACCAUGCCAGCCGCGGUCCUUUUGCUGAACCAACUACUCUUGAAAAGAUAAGUGAACGGUUACCCGCAAUCUUUAGAUGGGGAGUUGAUAGAGCCCGAGCUCGUGUCGCUUGUUUGGGAUCGAUAUAUUCUCGCACAAGGCGAAAUGGCCGGCCUGGAGGAACUAAGACUGUUUUACAGCAACUGUUUACCGUCCGGACUGCUCUGCUCCUGCUAUGGGGUUUUACGCUAUGGUGGGGAGAGAGGACCGUGUUUAGAGAAAGUCUGAGAGCUUGUGAUUGGAAUAAAUGGGAGAAAUGGCCACCGAAUGCCACCCCUCAUCAUGUUGCCUUUAUAGCGGAUCCGCAGCUCGUCGACGCACAUACCUACCCUGGUCGACCAUGGCCGUUGUCCUCGUUGACCGAAUUUUAUGUUGACUUGUACCUCUAUCGAACCCACUCGCUACUUCAGAAAUUUCUGCGGCCUGACAGCACAUUCUUUCUUGGAGAUCUGUUUGAUGGAGGUAGAGAGUGGGGGACGGAGGAAUAUUCAAGCCCAGAUCCUCGAUUUAAGGACUACGGAAACGAUUACUGGAUGAAGGACUACAAGCGAUUUUCAAAGAUCUUCUUCAACACCUGGGAACUGGGUGGGAAGGGUUCAUCAUCAAGUCACGGUGGAAGGAGAAUGGUGGCUGGUCUGCCGGGGAACCAUGACAUUGGGUUUGGAAAUGGUGUGCAGAUACCGGUUGUCAAUAGGUUUCGUUCCGUUUUUGGAGAAUCAAAUCGGGUUGAUAUUAUAGGGAAUCACACUAUUGUAUCGAUUGAUUCUGUAUCACUCAGUGCAAUGGACCAGGAAAAUCCAGAGACUGGCGGUUCGAAUACUGGGAAUCAGGGAACUAAUGAGAUAUGGAAGGAGGCACAAGAAUUUCUUGACAAUAUGAAAACGCUGAAGCAAGGGGCGUUGAAGCAGGAACUCUCUGCUCUGACUGGGAAGGAGUCUGCUAUCCCGGAUCCGGAAAUGCAGCUUCCAACAAUCCUUCUCACCCAUGUUCCUCUGUAUAGAGAGCCUCAUACGCCUUGUGGGCCCCUCCGGGAGCAUUGGCCCCCGUUAUACACAGAUCCUUUGCCGGAGAAAGAUGAGAGGAAUGCCAUUCAGAUCAGCAAGGGAUAUCAAUACCAGAAUGUCUUGACCGCUAGGAUAUCAAACGAGAUUGUUACCAAAGCAGGGCCAGUUAUGCAAGUUUAUUCGGGCGACGACCAUGACUACUGCGAAAUAAUUCAUCGUGAAUUUAGUGGAGCUCCAAAAGAGAUCACAGUGAAGAGUAUGUCCCUGGCAAUGAGUGUAAGACUGCCAGCAGUCCAGCUGGCAACCCUAUGGAACCCAAUUGAUCCAAAAACAGGAAAUCCACUUGAUUCAGCCGGUUCCUUGCCGACUUUGCAAAACCAGAUGUGUCUGCUCCCCGACCAGAUCGCAGUCUUCAUCAUCUAUGGUUACACCUUCGCCCUGACAACUGUGAUACUCGUUGUUCAUGCUCUGUACCUUGCUUACCUCCAGAAAGCGGGGUCCUCUCUGGGGACAGACUCGAUACUACCCUUAGCUCAUCAGCGACCUAUUGAUGAUUACUACCCUCACUCGACCGAGUUCCCCGCUGCGUCAACCUCGACUACGUCGUCCAAUUCAAUCAGAGGAGCCUAUUCUGUAACCCGGAGCAGGGCGGCGAGUACAACUCUGCCGUACGAAGCUCGUGGCUUCAAACAGGUCCAGACUGUUGGGGGGCCCGGAGAAGGGGAUACGGGAGUUCCAGGACCUGCUGCAUCUGCAACAACAUCUAGUGAUAACACUCGAUCUCGACGGCCUGGCUGGGGUUACCUUGAUGAUAAUUACCAUGAUAUGGCCGACACGUCUCUUGAGAGGGGUCUCCACAGCCAGGUUAAUCGACGUCCAAUCCAGGUAUUUCGUGACGAGCUCAUGUCGUCUACAAGGUGGGUUGGUGGGAUAUCUCUUGUGUGGUACAUGUGGCUGCUCUGGACGUGGUGA